AUGUCUUACCCUUACCAACAAAAGCCGACCAUUGCUGUGUGCGGCGCGACUGGGCUUCAGGGAGGUUCUGUGGUCCGCUUCCUGUUGCAGGACGGCGCUUUUCAUGUGAGGGCUCUCACACGGGAUGUGACGAGCCCAGCUGCUCUCCAGUUGGCUGCUAACGGGGCUGAAGUGGUUCGGUGCGAUUAUAAUGAUGUUCCUUCAAUUCAUGCGGCAUUCUCCGGUUGCUAUGGGGUCUUCGGAGUGACAAGUUCGUGGGAGAGCGGUCCAGAUGCGGAGCGCCAGCAAGGUUAUAACCUUGUAUAUUGCGCAAAAGCUGAGGGCAUUCGUCACUUUAUUUGGUCGACUCUGGAGCGAGCCGCAUUUCCGAUACCUCAUCGUGACUCAAAAGAUGACAUCGACUCGUAUCUGCGUUCAAGUGGAGUGCCUUUUACCAGUCUGGUUGCAGCUAUGACCUUUGAAUCGAUGGCCGAUUCUACCGUCCUGAAGCCGUCUCGGGGGGGACUCGUAGGAGAAUGGGCAAUACCUACUGAUAGCGGAAUUCCUUGCUUCUGUGCAGCCGACACUGGCGGAUUUGUAUCAGCGGUCCUGAAGAACCCGCAAUCGUGGUUAGGUCAGACGCUUACUAUGAUCACGGACUUCGUGUCGCCGAGACAGUACUUUCAGCUUUUGGGCGACGCCAGUCGAAAGGUGAUCAGAGCAUCGGAGCUGUCCUUGGAGCAGUUCAACCGGAUUCCGAACAUGCCGCAACCCCCUGUGCCCAAAGAAUUCUGGCUGAACAUCAAACAUCUCAUCAACAACCCCACAUGGCCCACCGCCCAAAUUGCCACCUGUCGCGCAUUAUUUCCAAAUGCCAUAUCACUCAGAGCGUGGAUUUAUAACAAUCAGUCAGCAUUGUUAUUCGCUGCGACGAAUCCGUCAUCGUGA